CUAAAAACCCUUUACUUCUUUUUCUCAGCACUCAGCAGUCUUUCACAGUUCACACUCUCCUUGCUUCUGCUCUACUACUGCUACUACAGUGCUUUUACACUAACCCUCUCUCUCUCUCUUUCUCUCUGUGUGUGUCUCUCUGUGAGUAAAGUUUUGUUCUUUUGAAGCUUGAUAGAGUCAGGGUCGGUGGAAAUGAGGGGUCCUUUGGGAGCGGUGAUAGGGAGGUACCCAUCAAGUGAUGGGAAUGCCCAAAUGGGUGGGAUCAUAAGGCACAACAGGAAAUGUAGAGAUAUUCCCUUUUUUGUGAUCUUUAUAGCCUUCUGGGUUGCUAUGAUUGUUAACUCCAGCUUUGGUUUCAACAAAGGAAACCCAUUAAGGCUUACAUAUGGGCUUGACUAUAAAGGACAUGUGUGUGGCGAAAAGCGUGAAUUGGAACUUAGAUAUUGGUUAAAUCCUAAUCAGGUUUAUCAAAGUGGUUUGAAAAGCAGCCAAUUUAAGUUGGCCAAUGCCCGGACUAUAUGCUUGCUGGAUUGCCCUUACCCUUCUGAAGAUCAACUAAAUUGGGUCUGUGAUUAUCCAGAAGGAGAUAUCCAUAUCUCAAUGGCUGAUUGGAUCGAUAGGAGUUAUGAUUAUUUUGAGUUCCUUACUCCUGAAAUGAGGAACACCUCUCUUCAACUUCAGGGUCCUUGUUACCCUGUAAUAUUUCCAAGUGUAAAUGUUUAUUGGAGCUGCCAGUUUAUCGCUCAUGCAUCAAACAUGUCUUUGAGGCAUUGGCAGCAGAUGGGUGGAGUGAACAUCAAUGAGGACAUCAUUAUAGACAAAUCUAUUCACAGGUCCAUCAAUUCUCGGUCAUCUGUCUUGAAGAGAUAUAUGGCUGAUGUUGGAAAGGCAUGGCCAGUAUUGAUUGUUUGUGGAGGAAUCUUGCCAUUGUUUUUAUCAGUGAUUUGGCUGCUGAUGAUUCGGCAUUUUGUUGCUGCAAUGCCUUGGAUAACUGUUGCUCUCUUUAAUGUUCUCAUAGUAUCAGUGACAAUGUUUUACUACUUAAAAGCUGGAUGGAUAGGGAAUGAUGCCAUCUCCCCCAUCAUUGGUGAGCAUGACCCAUACAUUCGUGUAUUUGGAAGGGAGAUUCAUCAUCUUCGUGCUGUGGCUGUUUUUAUGACCUUUAUUAUGGUUGUUGCCAUUCUUACAUCCAUUGCCAUUAUCCGCCGCAUCCUUAUGGCAACAUCUGUUCUCAAGGUUGCUGCAAAGGUCAUAGGAGAAGUUCAAGCGCUCAUAAUUUUUCCAAUCAUACCAUAUACUGUCCUUGCAAUUUUUUACAUGUUCUGGUUUUCAGCUGCUCUCCAUCUGUUCAGUUCUGGUGAGGUUGUCCAGAAUGACUGCGACUCCAACUGCUGUGCUUAUGAUCUUGUAUCAAAGCGGGUUAAUUGUGAUCGUUGCUGUGGUUAUAGCAUUCGUUACACUCCUCAUAUAGGAGUUGCCAUCCUUUUCCACCUAUUUGGCUGUUACUGGGCUACACAAUUUUUAAUAGCAUGCUCAUCAACAGUGAUUGCAGGUUCUGUUGCUUCCUAUUAUUGGGCUCGUGGUGAAACAUCACCAGAAAUUCCAUUUCUUCCAGUUUUUUCCUCUAUGAAGCGGCUUUUGCGAUAUGGCCUUGGCUCUGUUGCUCUUGGCUCCCUGAUCUUAUCAUUUGUGGAAUCGAUCCGCUUUAUGCUUGAGUCAAUUCGUCGCAAAAUGAAAGUUGCUAAUAUCACACCUGAUAGCUGUAUAGGAAAAGCGACAUCCCAUUCGUCACGGUGUUGCCUCAGGGGUAUUGAGUGGACUAUCAAAUCGGUGAACCGCAAUGCCUACAUUAUGAUUGCUAUCACAGGUAAAAGCUUCUGUAAGGCUUCUGCAAUUGCAACAGAGCUGAUCCUCAACAACAUCCUUCGAAUAGGGAGAGUAAAUGUGAUUGGAGAUGUUAUUCUAUUUCUCGGAAAAUUGUGUGUCAGCCUUUCUAGCGCUCUUUUUGCUUUCCUCAUGUUGGAUGUCCACAAGUACAGAUCUGGCCAUAACAAGAUCUCUUCCCCGCUGUUUCCUGUAUUGGUUUCCGGGUGUCUUGGUUAUGUUGUUGCCACUCUUUUCUUUGCAGUGGUGGAGAUGUCAAUUGAUACCAUCAUCCUAUCAUUCUGCCAGGACUCUGAGGAGCACCAAGGGACAGCCCAAUAUGCGCCUCCCCUUCUCAUUGAAACUCUUAAUGACCAAAAUGAGAUGCAGAGACUCACUCAAGGACCCCAGUAAAAGAUCUCAAUGUUUAAUUUUCCUUUUAAACAUUUAGAAUCCUUAUGUAUUAUAAGGUGCUCUUAUCCUUCCCUUUCCCCCCAGAAUUUUGAGUUCCUCACUGUAUAUGCUUCAUUGCUAGAGAAAAGCAUGUGGGAAAGCAGCAAAAUUCAAUGCAUCUGAAUGCAAGAA